GUCACAGAAGAUCAGGACGCCGGGCUGAACAUCCAAUGCCUCCCAGAAAGGAAGAAACAGAGGAAAAUGUAUUUCUGCUGCACGACAUGAGCUCAUUUAGGUAUCAAGGUGUCCAAACCACAGCUGGAGUACUCAUACUGCACUCAUGUUCGAGCACAAGUCGACUCUAUUCUAUUCUUUUCUUUAUUGAAUAUGAUGCAAAGGGGUCAAACAGGAGGAUGGUUUCUUUUCUUCCUGGCUGCUGUUAUUUCGGGUGUCCACCUCCAGGGAGAUGACAGGUCCAUCCAGCCUGCCUCUGACUCUGAGCUGCCCUCUGAGGCCCAGAUAUACCAGCCGGUGUUGAAGCCCUUUGAGUCCGUUCCUCCAAUUGGGACCUACAUGCUGAAAAACCUUGUUGGGAAACCUUGCGUCAAAGCCACCAUCGGAGCAGAGUACAUUGUCAUCGAAAAGAAGAAGACCUGGUAUUUCAACUUGGACCCCUCCAGAGUCAGGACCAGUGGUUACUGUGACAAAGAAGCUGCUGUUCUCUCCCUCACGCUGCCAGACAAUGCUGCCAGUCUGCAGUUCACCUUCAGAAAGGAAGAAAGUAUUUUCUACAUUGACAAGCUCACUGCCCAUGUGUCUCCUCUGCCUGUCUGCCAAGGAUGUGCAAGUAAGACCACAUGGAGAGAGAAAAAUAAGAACAAAAACCUGCGAACACAAUUAAUGUUACUGUCGCUGUCUUACAUCCUCUUCUUCCCAGACAAGACUUACUCGGGUUCAUUGGCUGAUGAAAAGCUGUUCGCAGCAGGUAAUGGACAGAGCUUCAAGUGCCAAUCUGAGCAACUGCUUUGGACGUCGUCAGAGCUGAGGAUCAAGUUGGUUCCUCUGCAGAUGCAGGCCUUCACUCUGCCAAUAGGACAGUAUGGAAUAGAGGUUGAGUGUUGGCCCGACUUUAACAAACGAGUUUUCCCCAUCAUCGCCGGGGCCACAGUGGUGGGUCUCAUUCUGAUGGCUGUGCUGACCUUCCUGUUUAUCAGAGACCGCCACAGAGAAGGAUACGAGAGGCUCUGAGCACGAUGUGAAACUGGAUGGAGAUUUAGUCAAUCUGAUAGAAUAUGUCAUACUUAGUGACUGUUACAAAAAGCUUCAAAAUUGCUCUUCUUAACUCGAAGAUUCGUUUUUGCUACUGUACUUAUUAAAAUUAAUUAAAAAAAGGUUGUAAUUAUAAUUAUAUUAUAAAUAUUCCUGAGAACAUUGUGUUACAUUUAUUUGAAUAUUCUUUAUUAUUUUUUUUAAAUAUCAUUAUCAUUAUUUUCUAUCUUUAAUUCUGCUUUCAAUGAAACAUGUUUGUUAUGUGAUACUCUGAUUUGUUGCAUAUUCAACAUCUAUUUGAUAAAGGGAAGUGGGCUAAAAAUGUAUUAUAAAGCCUUUAAUUUCACUAUCAACAUAAAUUA